CAGCAGUUUCAGCGGUGAGCCAGAAAAUUCCUGCGAAAGGCUGUCGUGGCAAGUGUUACCCGCACACAUACACAUCAUCCAGAUCCAGCCAAUCCCCCCGUGGAGUGGAGUGAAAAUUCAUUGACGACUGGGGGCGAAAAAGCUCUGGCGGAAGAGCGAAAGAGAGAGAAAGGCGGUACUGAGAGCGCAACCCUCAAGAACAAAAACAACGAAACAGGAUUCAGCUGCACCACCACCCACCACCUACAUCACCACCAUUCCGACCUGCGGCAGUGAAAGACAGUGAAAGAGGCCAAGUGCAUAGUGCCUAGAGUACCUUCAUCCUAAUCAUCGCCAGCCGAAUUUGUUGAGGCCACCACAGCACCACCAAGUCACUACAGCCACAACCACACAGCCACCAGAGCCAUAGCACAGAAGACGAGUUAAAGAUCUAAAUUUUUGGGGGUCUGAGAUGGGCAAGAAAGACAAGAACAAGGAAUCGGCGGACGCUGCACCAGCUGGCGAUGCACCACCAAAUGCCGGAGCUCCGGCCGGAGAGGGCGGUGAUGGCGAGAUUGUGGGCGGACCGCACAAUCCGCAGCAGAUUGCGGCACAGAAGCGUCUGCAGCAGACGCAGGCGCAGGUCGAUGAGGUCGUGGACAUCAUGCGCACGAACGUGGAGAAGGUGCUGGAACGCGACAGCAAGCUGUCGGAGCUGGACGAUCGUGCUGAUGCCUUGCAGCAGGGCGCCUCGCAGUUUGAGCAGCAAGCGGGCAAGCUUAAGAGGAAAUUCUGGCUCCAGAACUUGAAGAUGAUGAUCAUCAUGGGCGUUAUUGGCCUGGUUGUCGUUGGCAUCAUUGCAAAUAAACUUGGCCUCAUAGGCGGGGAGCAGCCGCCACAGUACCAGUACCCCCCACAGUACAUGCAGCCACCGCCGCCGCCGCCGCAGCAGCCCGCCGGAGGACAGUCGUCGCUGGUGGAUGGGGCAGGGGCAGGAGCAGGAGCAGGAGGAUCGGACGGCGGGGCAGCAGGAGCCGGCGAUCACGGCGGCGUAUAAGUAAUCUCACUGCAAGGACGAACGUUUCUCGAUUACAAUGCCCUCAGCGGGCCCAAACAAACCAAAAAGGAAAGGAAAACUCAGUUAAACUAGAAAAUCUCGAGAAUUGCAAUGAACUCAAUAAUAAUUUCCACUUAGACGAUGUGCACGAGUUGGUGUGAGAGGUUUUAAGUAACUUACGUCAUAAUAUUAAUACUAAAUCUAAAGACGCUCCGGACAAAUUAAAGUUGUUGCUAAUUUGUUUAUGGUUACAUUAUUUCAUGCAUAAAAAACGGUAUAUAUAAAUAUAAAUCAAAUAUAUGGAACUUGAAUAUUACGAGUGACUCUAAAAACCACGUACUACCCUAUAUGGAACUUGGAUCUCUGCGCUGCACUGGCAACAAGGAGCGCCAGUGGAAGCAGGAGGACAGGCGGUCGCUUCCCGAUGUUCGCAGCUCUUUGAACUCAGUUUCCUUAGCAAAUCGACUAGACAAAACUACAAAAACAAAAAACAUAACUAUUUCGGAACAAGACCCAAAACCAAAGAAAUCUAAGCUUUGUUCCUAAGUAAAGUUACGCAAAUAUGAAUAUUCGAAAUGUAUUAUCCAAAAAAGUUUGAAAUCGACAGGCCUCAUAAGUAAUUGACAGUUAAAUGUAUUCAUGGAACAUUACUUAUAAAAGGCAAGUGUAGUCGGAUGAAAUACAAGCAAAAAAAAAACCGAAAACCAAGAAACUUGAAGUCUAGUGAAAAUAUACAAAGCGAUUUAUUUGCAGAAUUCUGUUUAUGUGCAAUCAUUACUGUUGUGUUUGAAAAGCAGCCCAGGCAGCAGUUGAGUAUAGCUCGAACGGUUCAAUUGAAAGAUGAAACCAGACAGUUCAACGAUUAAAUUAAGCGCUAGACACACAAUACGUUGGUUAUCUUAUCCAAAGGAUUUAUUUAGCUCGACGCAGGCAGCAGAGGCACUUAACAUAUGUUUGUAUAUUUCAAUGUUACAAGUAUUAGACGAGGCAGUACUUAGAGCAUAUAUAUGUACGUGUAUGUAACGAUAUGAUAUUUAGAUCUCACACACUCCACCCAAGCCCCCAUAGCCCCCUCAUAACCGAUCACCGAUCAGGAUAAAAAUCAGAGAAAUAACUUUGAGACAACAUUCGUAGCACAUAUUGUACUUACCUUGUUCUGAAAUACAACCUAUACUACGAUUAAUGUAUUAACUAAUUGAUUCUACAAGCGCCUGCCCAAAGUGCUUUGCCUACCAACCAAUUGGGGCACGAACAAAAUCGAAAUUAAUUAAAGAAAAACCAAAGAGUAAAUGGGAAAAAACGAAAAUUCAAAUCCGAAUGCAGGUAUUUUUAGCAAUAUUCGUAGCGUGUACAAUAUGUCGCCCUUAAAGCUUAUUAUAAUCUCGUUCAAUGUCCAUCUCGAAACUCACCUAGACACUUCACAUGCAUAUAACCAUUAACAAAUAUAAAUCAAUAUAUGUAUGUAAUAA